AUGUCAAUCCCGUUCGAUGGCGGCGACGGGAGUGUUCGUUCUGGGCAUGAGCCUGAAGAGCCGGCUGAAAGGGGAGAUCGUGAAGACGCCCCUCCUAGUGUGACCAGUGAAGGAGAUCCCUGGGCAAAGCAAGGCUCUUGGGAGGGCCGACAGCAGAGCUCAGGGGCAUGGGAGAGUCGAGAUUCCGAGUGGGCGAACUGGCAAAGCCGUGCCGGUCAUAGAGAAUCUGGACGUUGGGAGUGUCACUAUCAGCCAGAUAGUGGGCGAGAAGGGAGCUGGACUGCCUCGACCGAAGAUGCGAGCAAUGCCCCCCGAUGGUGGCGAGAUCCUUGGCAGCCUCAAGCAGCUCCCUCGGCAGAUGGUCGAGACGGCCGUUGGGACCCCGGUCUUUUUGGACAUGCUCAAGAAGAUCCCUGGGCAGAUGGGCGAGAUGGCCGACGGCAAGGGUACGAUUAUCCGCACCGAGAUGAAGUAAGUGGAACCAAAUGGACGAAUGAAGACAGUACCACGAGGGCAUGGACCGGCUGGCGGCACUUUGGCGGAGGCUUCCGGUCAGACGACCAAGUAUGGGAUGAUCGCCCGAGGCCACAGGGGCGACCUUCCGAGAAGCUUAGCGUUCCCAGCUUCUCAGCAGAAGACGGCGAUGAUGUUGGGACCUCGGCAAGGUCCUACCUUCGACAGAUAGAGGCCUGGCGAAGAAUGACCUUGUUGCCUCCGCAGCAGCAGGGACUGGUCUUGUACCAGCACUUGGGCGGCAAGGCUUGGGUCGCCGCCGAGGAGCUCGAUGUCGACCAGCUCAGCAGCGCCGGCGGUGUUAGCUACCUGGUUUCCUGGAUCACGGCUCGCUUCUUGGACUUGGAGAUCACUCGCAUCGGGAAGGCCUUCUCGGAGUUCUUUCGGCGACUUCGUCGUCGACCAGGCCAGAGUAUCCGGGACUAUAACAGCGAGUACGACCGUCUCCACGCCCGACUCCGUGAAGUGGGAUGCAACCUGCCGGAGGCUUGUGCUGCUUGGGUUUAUGUGGACAGGCUUCAGUUGGAUGAGACAGCUGAACUCAACCUCCUCGCGAGCGUCGGCAACUCGUACUCCUUGCAGAAGCUCCAGCAGGCGGCGGUCAUCCAUGAUCGAGGACAUCGCAAACCUUGGGAAGGCGCUAAAGGAAAGAAGCUGCACAACACCCACAUGACCGAUGCCUACGACGACUCCGAUGCGGACUCCCUUGGAGAUGAAGAGGGAGAAGGUGUUGCUGAGGAAGUAGCCACUGCCUAUGUUGCCUUCCAGAAUGCCAAGGCCAAGUACCGAGACCAGAAGAAGUCCCGAGGCUACGACGUUGCCACCGACAAGGACAAGGGCCGCGAUGGAGGAAAGGAGGGCAAUGCCAGAGAGGAAAGGAUCCGCGCAAUGAAAGCAAAGUCCUUCUGCUCAGGAUGUGGAAGACGAGGUCACUGGCAUAAGGACAGCCAAUGUCCGAACAAUCGGGCUGCUGCGAGCGGGGACGUCAAGGAGGUCGAGGUGUGCUACAACUUGCCCUCCGAAGUGUUCGCCGUCAAACACUCCAAGCACUCCUUGCUCGGCAUCACGGACACCGCCUGCGCCAGGACGGUCGCUGGAACGAGAUGGUUGCAGGACUACACCGAUGCCCUCGAAGUCCUCGGGAUGAAGCCGGCCUUGCACAAGGAAUGCGAAGCCUUCAGGUUUGGGGCCGGCAAGGUCUACUACUCCUCCUUCUACGUGAUCGUGUCUUUCGAGCUGGGCGAUAAGAUCGUCGAGGUCAAGACUUCCAUCAUCAGUGGCGACAUCCCGUUGCUGUUGUCCAAAGCCGUGCUGGGAAAACUUGGCAUGAUCUACAAUGUCGGGACCGGCGACGCUGACUUUGUCGAGGUCGGACUGAGGGGGUACCGCCUUGUCACAACUGCAUCCGGUCACCCGGCAAUUCCCAUCGUGCCGGCGAAGCCAGCAGAGACGGGGGAUCCACUCCUUCCAGUUGAAGACCUUCGCCUGCAGUCGCGAGAAUACAUGGUGUACGCCGUUGCUUGUGCUGCUGGGUCAACCGAUAGGGGGUCUUCCAUGUUGAACCUCUUCCACGACAAGAAGUUAGACCCUGGGGUCAAAGGUAUGCUCAUCCACCCCCGUUUCCAGCACAGUACUUUCCUAUCUUGGUGGCAAGCUACGAAGGUCACUGGGGACUUCUGGGUUGAAAGACUGUGCUCAGUAAGAGCUUCGGUCGGCCCCUGCCUACUCCUUCGCGACCGGCAGCCGAUGGAGCCUCGAGCAUGCGGCAAUCCCCCGGCGAUCAGCAAGAUGACCAAAGCGCAGCUGUUGGAAGAAUGCAAUCGGGUGGGUCUCCUGGUGCACCACUCUUGGUCGGUGGAAGAACUCAAGUCAUGCAUUCAAGAACAUCGGCAAGCGCACCAGGAAGUUGGAGCCAGAAUGACCCGCCUUCACCAGAUGAACAUGGAGCAGCUUCGUUUACAAGCCAAGGAGCUGGGAAUUCAGUUCGUCUCCAAGACCUCAAAGGGGAGCCUCCUGAGGAUGAUUCGCGACAACAUCAACACCCCAGCGGAGACCCUGAUGCCCAUCGGAAAGUGGAAGGGGCUGCAGUACAAGGAGAUUCCGAAGGAGUACGGGGAGUGGUGUCUUCAGGAACUCAAUUCGAACUCCGACCCGGACUUCGUUCGCUUCGCCCGGUGGUACGAGAACGACAAGAAGGCCAGGGAGCGGAGCUAUGUUGGGACAGGGAGCGACAUGUCAGCACCUUUUCCUCGGAGUCCGACUUCCAGACCGGGAACCUCGGCGGUAGCGACAGGCUCAUCGGAUCAGAUGUCAUCGACAAGGACCGAUUGGUCGGUGGUGUCAGCUGCGAUGUCCGAGAAGCAGAGGGUGAUCCCCGUCGAAGCAACGCCCAACAAGAAGAGAGCCGGGAAUGCCGAGACAACCAGGAUGGAGGCGGAGAUCGACGAGGAAGCCCUGGAGGAGAUCAGGCGGCUCGAGGCCCAGCUUGCAGUGCUCAAGAACAAGGCCGGGUAUCCGGGAUGCUGUGGUGAUUUCGACUUGCAAGAUGGCAUCACCGAAGAAGAGAUCCUCCUCGCCUCCAAGAAUAACUGCACCUACCUGAUCGCCGAAGCCGAGGAAACCUACGAGGGGCCGCUUGUCAACCCGUUGCUUAGCCAGGCCCGUAACGCCUACGUCAACGGUGACUUCUCCUUUUCCACAUGUCGAGAGCUUUUGGAAGGCGCUCGUCUUUUGAGAAGCACCAUGAGUCGAGGAAGUGCCUUCAAGCAACAAGACCAAGAUCCUGACAAGCGCCCGCAUGAGCAUACCCUCUUCGGCUUGUUCACCCAUGGUGGCGUUCAUGGUCUUACCAAGGCGACGGAGUCCAAUGACUGGGUGGCUCGGUAUGUUAAUGCCUUCGGAAAAUUCCAUCUUCCAGAAGGCACCACUUGGACAUCGGUGUCGGUGAUGUGCAAUGUCGCCGCCGGUGUGCAUUGCGACUACAACAACAGUCCCGACUCCUACAACCAUGCUAUUAGCUUUGGACAGACCAAGGGUGGAGAACUAUGGAUUGAGGAAAAGAUCGAGGGUCAAGAGCAAGGUCUUCGUCAAGAUCUCCUAUGGAAGAAGGACAAGCAAGGCAAUUGGAUUCCCGGGACCGUGCAGUCGACCCUGGGCAACUUCAAGAGCUUCAAGCCAGGGCUGAAGCAUGCGGUCCUCCCUUGGGAAGGGGACCGGUGGAGCCUUGUGUACCACACCACCAGGAGCAUCACUAAGAUCGGCAAAGAAAUCCGUGACCGCCUCAGAAAGACCGGUUUUCCUCUCCCUCGCAAAGGGCGUCAAGACCAAUCAGGCGAAAGACAACGUGAAAAGAAGCCGAACAAGCGAACAAGGAACGUUCUCGCCGCGAAUGCCAGCAAGAUUGGGGUGCUCCUCACCACGCUCGUCGCCGCGGUCACUUCCUAUAUGUGUGACUUCGGCAUGCCCGAGGUCAAGCCCGACCCCAUCGUGAUGUUCGAGAUAGGCGGCCUAGAUGGAACUUCAGAAGCCGUCGACCUCGGGAAGGCCGUCCUCGAACCUAUGAGCUGGGAAGAUUAUUCGGACCCAGACAGGCAGGAGACCGCCUACCACUUCGUCUGUGCCGCCUCUCCUAGGGAGUUACGUCUCCACAUGCACGAUUUACCAAGCAGCGGGUGCGAGGCAGUCAUUGCACUGAUCUCACGACAGCUUGACGAUGGGGGCUGCGUGGUCCUUCAGGGAGAAGAUCUUCAUGGCAUCGCCGACAAGUUCCCCGAGUACAUCCGCUACCGGCAAGGAGAUGGGGAUACCGCUUGGGUCGUCCUCGAAAGAAAGAAAGAGGCGCAGCGGACUGUGCCGAGCGAUUUCCCGCCGUACAGUGUCUGCGUCGUUGGAGAGGCUGCAGAAGAAGACGAACGACAGCCAGCCGAUUUUGUCGGGAACGGAUCAGCGAUCACCUUCGACACUGCAGCGAGCUCACUGGUCCAAGGAGCCCUACGGCGACUCCACCAGAACCUAGGUCAUCCGCGAUGUGAAGAUCUGGUGAGACAUCUGAGGUUAGCCGGAUGUGAACCAGAGGUCCUCAAGGUUGCCAAAAGCCUGAAGUGUCAGGUUUGCGACAACACUAGCAAACCUAAGAUUGCGAGACCCAGCACGGUUCCGCGAAUGCUGGACUUCAACCAAUGCGUCGGGGCUGACCUCCUCUUUGCUCAUGACGUUGACGAUGUCAGGCAUACCUUCCUCAACCUCGUCGACUGGGGCACCUCCUACCAGGUCGUUGUCGAGAUAAAAGGAACUUCUGCUCCCGACUUGGAAAGGGCGUUCAACGAUUUCUGGUUGACACCCUUCGGCCCUCCGUCAACGAUGUCAGUGGACCUAGAAGGAGGACUACAGAAAGGAUUGGGAAGGCUUUGCGAUUGGCACAACAUCAAGGUCAAGCAUGUGGCGGCCCAAGGACACUGGCAAGCAGGCAUCACCGAGCGACAGGGAGCCUGGUGGAAGGAUAUUUGGGAAAGAGUCGUUCAUGACAUGAGUAUCAGCAAGAACGAAGCCCACCUCGCAGCCACAUGUGUGACGAGUGCGAAGAAUCAACUCCGGAGACGUUGCGGCCACAGCCCAUUUUCGUGGGUUUUCGGUCGUGAUCCCCGCAUGCCUGAGGACCUCCUCGACCCUGACUCCGGAGAGAAGGUCACAUGGGACGUGUCGGCGGAGAGCAAAUUCCAACGACAGAUGGCGGUGAGGUCGGCAGCCAGAAUCGCGUUCCACAAAUCGCAAGGGGACGAUCGUCUUCGCAAAGCUUUGAUGCAAAGAGCAAGGACCACAUCGCGACCCUAUGAAAUUGGAGAGCCUGUUCACUUUUGGCACCAGCCAAAGAACCGCCGAAGGGGAAGGUGGGCCGGACCAGCAGUGGUCGUCGGCAAUGAAGGCGGUAACUACUGGAUCAGCCGCAAUGGGCGAUGUCGCUUGACAGCUCCAGAACAUCUACGACCAUCAGGACCCGAAGAAGUCGGCGAACUCCUCCAAAUGCGCGGCGUCCAGCGCGAAGUGGCCCGACUGCUCGAGGCAGACCUCGAUGAGGAUGACACCUACGACGGCGACCAGAUGGUGAGUGAUCUAGAUCUCGACCUACAAGGGUACUCGCCUACCGAACUCGAUCCGGACGAGGAGAUGGCCGUUGCUGAAGAGGAUCCGCUUCUGGAUGCAAGCGAAGGAGUCGUAUUAGAAGCCGACGAAGGAGAAGAGAUGAGGAGGCCCACAAGACGACUCAAGAGAAAGACAGCGCCCGGAAACGUCGACUGGGACGCUGAACCGCACCAGGCCAUGAUCAUGAAGCGAGACCUCACGAAGAGAGGGGUGGAAAAGCGCCAAGAGAAGGAGCUGAGGUGGAGCGAGAUUCCCAAUGACCAGAAGGAGCUCUUCAAGUCCGCAGAAAGGGUGCAGUGGGAUGAACACAUCUCCUUCGAUGCGCUCGAGGCGGUGUCCCUCGAAACCAGUGACUGGAUACGAGAAAAUAUCUCGUCUGACCGGAUCCUUCGCUGCAGAUGGGCCUAUAAAGAUAAGAACUGGGCCAGGCGAAGGAAUGCUGGAGCUGACGCCCCGAACAUCCCAUGGAAGUGCAAAUCGAGGCUUGUGAUCGCCGGGCACACUGACCCCGACCUCGGAAGCUCGCAGUUGACCACCGACGCUCCUACCUUAUCACGAACAGGAUUGCUUUGUUUGAUGCAACGACUGGCCAACGGACUACGAGAACAAGAUCCUUGGACGGUCUCUGCGGGCGACAUCAGGUGUGCUUUCCUCACCGGAGGGUACCUGAGGCGAGAAGAAGAACUCUUUCUUCACCAGCCCAGCACUGGCUUUCCGGGAUUACACCCACGGCAACUGGUGCGGAUAAAGAAGAACAUCUUUGGCCUUGCCACUAGUCCCCAUGAGUGGUGGCAGGACCUGCAAAGUGGAAUUCUCGACAUGAAGAUUGAGCACGAAGACGGGGUGUUCAAGUUCUGCCAGUCCCCCAUGGACCCUUGUGUUUUCGCCCUUCGCAGGUGGGAUGGCAAAAAGUUCUCCGGGCGCGCCGUGGCAUUCGUCGGCACGCAUGUGGACGAUCUCUUGGUUGUUGGCCCGGGAAGCUUAGCCGAGAAGAUGAAGGAACAGCUGUCGCGGGCUUUCCCCAUCGAUAGCUGGGAACAAGAUGUCUUCAACUAUGUCGGGGUGGAGAUCGUAUGCACCAAGGACAGCGUCAGGGUGAACCAGACGGGCUAUGUGGACACUAGGUUGUUCCUUCUGCCUCUUCCAAAGGGGUGCCGUGACGAAGACCUUGCCGGGGUCGACCUCAUCGCCGACAAUAGAUCACUCGUGGGGGCCCUCUCCUGGGUCUCCGCUCAAACAAGGCCUGAUCUGACUUGUGGAAUAAGCUUGGCUCAACAAGUCCAGAAAGCCCCGACCUAUGGAGACAUUCGCUUCACGAACAGCCUAUCGAUUCGAGCCACUCAAUACAGAGAUGCUGGCCUGGAGUUCCAUCCCCUGGACCCCGACAACAUGGUCACCCUCGUCUACCACGACGCCGCCUGGGCGAACGCGUUCGAGGGCGACAUCGGUGAAGAAGGAUUCGAGCUGUAUGAGGACGACAAGGUUGCCGGCCUUCAACGAGACGUUCCUCCUUCCUUUCAUGCUGGGCGGAAGGCUAAAAGGCAGAACUCCAGAGUUGCAUCCCAGCUUGGCGGAUUGAUCCUGUUUGCCAACAAGACCAGUAUUGGACGUCAAGCCGGCCAUGUCAAUGUGGUGGACUGGAAAAGCCGAGCAGGACAGCGAGUUUGCAGGAGCACCUUUGGAGCUGAGACCCAAGCCUGUGUCGAAGGUUUGGAAGGAGGACAGUACGUCAGGUCCUUCUACGAGUCCCUGGUGGAAGGCGAAAUCAUCGAGGUGCAGCAGGCCAAAAUGCCCCUCCUUUGUUUGAGCGACUGCCGCUCUCUCUAUGACCACUUGCACAAGCAAGGGGUGCCCCGUGUCCCGCAGGAUCGUCGCCUCGCGAUAGAUCUAGCAGCUCUUCGCCAGCAAUUGAAAUUCGAACGUUGGAGCUCUAAGCUCCCCCUCGCCUGGGUACCGAGUCCAGCUCAAUUAGGCGACAUACUUACAAAGCCUCAAGAUUCAAAGUCUUGGUGGGCAGACAUUGCUGCGCAGCUGCUUAUUCCAGUUGCCUGCGACGAGGGAGAUGGCUUAGCCAACAGAAGGUUUGUCAUAGAUGGGAGAACCAGUGUGAAGCACAGAGAACUUCUUCGUCCUUUGUAUGAUGUUUAUGAUGGUCCUCGUAUUGGCAUUCAAGAAUCAUCUCCCAUCUAG